AUACAAAGCACCCCAAAUUUUGAUUAGAGUCAAUUGAGUCCUCUAUUCUUAUCGUCUUCUUCAGAUGGCAAGUCUCUCCAUCCCCACCGUCUCUCUGUCGCCGUUUCGGUUUCAAACUCAGACCCGAAUUACAAUACUUAAUACCCGAACGCGAAAGAAUCUCAACUCAUUGAAUCUCAAGCAGACAAAAAUCUUCACGCAAAUUAGAGGUUUGGGCGGAAAUCGGAGAGAAGAGAAGGAUUCGAGAUUCGUUAAUGAAAAUGGCGCAAUUGAUGACAUGGAAGGUUACUUAGACCAUCUCUCACUCGAAUACGACUCCGUCUGGGACACAAAGCCCUCCUGGUGUCAGCCAUGGACGAUAAUGUUAACGGGUCUAUCAAUAGUGGCAUGUAGUUGGGCAAUAUUACAUUCGGUUUUAGUUUCAUCGCUUGCUGGUGGUUUAAUUGGCGCUUGGUGGUACAUUUUCCUUUAUAGCUACCCAAAGUCGUAUUCAGAAAUGAUUGCUGAAAGAAGGAAAAGAGUAGCUGAUGGUUUUGAAGAUACUUACGGCAAAAACAAGAGUUCAUAGAAAAUCCCCACCUCCUAAUGUUUGAAAUAACAUUCGUUUGUUAUAUCAUUCGUUUGUUUGUAGCAUAAAUCGUUUUUUUUUUUCUGUUUGUGUCUAUAGUAACAUCCAUGUAUUUGUUUAUCCCAAUUGCAUUCCCAGAUGUUUGGAUA